AUAUUCUAACAAUAUUCGUAAUUGAGUUUCCUUCCGACCAAACAAGUGUUUGUUCUUCCCUUCAAUUUCGCUAAUUCUAAACUCUGAAAAUCAAAAUCGAGGUCAAUCUUCCCUUCUGAUUCGUUUUUCAUCCUUCUUUUAUUCACGAUACAGAUUCCAUCUACAUUUCCCUUUUCUUCUUUUUGCACUUUCUUCAGUUUUCUGUCUGAAUUUUUAGUUUCUUUUGGGGGGGGGAUUUGUAUCCAUUUGAUCAAAAUGGUGUUCGAGAAUUGUGUGGUGCUUUAGGAUUCAGGGGUAUUUUCUAUAUGGUAUGGAAACAGGGCCUGCCAGUUCUAAGGAUUCAUCGCCAUUGCCCUUUGUUAUGGAAUGCCGAUUUCGCUUGCGAUCGGCAUUCGAUUCAUUUUGCAUUGCCUCUGAAGCAUUUUCAGAGCAUCGUCGUUGUCGAAUUCCGAUCUGGGUUCACCGACGACGAUUGCUCUAAUUUCUUCGACUAACCAAAUUUGACUUCUGCAAAUUUUGUCGUUUUUUUUUCCCUUUAUUGUCUUUUUUUUUUCCCUUAUUUUCUUUCAAUCCUUCUCUUCCUGGUAGCGUCAUGUUUUUUGUAGCAAAAAUGAGUGUCUAGCCGAUCCAAUUAGUGCGUUAUUUGGAAGUAUGGAGUUUCCUGAUACUGCUGCUGAGAAAGAUCCUACCGGUCGAUACAUUCGGUACGAUGAAAUCCUGGGAAGGGGCGCUUUCAAGACAGUUUACAAGGCAUUCGACGAAGUGGAUGGAAUUGAAGUUGCCUGGAAUCAAGUUAGGAUUGAUGGUUUCUUGCAAUCACCUGAGGAUUUGGAAAAGUUGUACUCUGAAGUACAUCUACUUAAAUCAUUAAAACAUGAGAAUAUUAUCAAGUUCUACAAUUCUUGGGUGGAUGAUAAGAAGAAAAAUGUCAACAUGAUCACUGAGCUCUUCACAUCUGGGAGUUUGAGGCAAUAUCGCAAAAAGCAUAAACAUGUUGAUAUGAAGGCCAUAAAGAAUUGGGCACGACAGAUUCUCCGAGGGUUGGUUUAUCUUCACAGUCAUGAUCCUCCCAUUAUUCAUAGAGAUUUGAAAGGCGAUAACAUUUUUAUUAAUGGAAAUCAUGGAGAAGUUAAAAUUGGAGAUCUUGGAUUAGCAAUCGUUAUGCAGCAGCCUACCGCUCGUAGUGUAAUUGGAACUCCUGAAUUCAUGGCUCCUGAGCUUUAUGAAGAGGAGUACAAUGAGCUUGUUGAUGUAUAUUCUUUUGGGAUGUGCAUGCUGGAGAUGGUGACCUUUGAGUAUCCAUAUAGUGAAUGUAAAAAUCCAGCUCAGAUCUUUAGGAAAGUUACAUCUGGUAUUAAACCUGCUUCCCUUGCUAAGGUGAGUGAUCCACGGACCAUGGAAUUCAUCAAUAAAUGUUUGGUCCCAGUGCACGAGAGGUUGUCUGCAAAAGAGCUUCUUCAAGAUUCGUUCCUUCAAGUUGAGAACCCAAAGGAAUCGGCACGCAAUCCCCUACAGCUAUCUAAUCAGGUUCCUAGAUCAAUAAAUUUGCCCAAGAGUGGACCUAUUUCCAUGGACAUUGACAUUGACCACAAACUACAUUCUUUAAGCAAUUAUGCUGAAAGCAAUAGUGGGAGUCCACGCUUUCCAGUUGUGGAAUUCCAGACAAUGAAUAAGAACAAUGAGUUCAGGUUACGUGGAAAUAAGAAUGACGACAACUCUGUGGCAUUAACUCUGCGUAUUGCAGACCCAAAUGGUCGAGUGAGAAAUAUACAUUUUACGUUUUAUCUCGAUUCUGAUACUGCAUUGUCAGUUGCUGCUGAAAUGGCUGAACAGUUGGAGUUGAUAAAUCAUGAUGUGGAUUUCAUAGCUGAAUUUAUUGAUUUUUUGAUAACAAAGCUUAUACCUGGUUGGAAGCCCUUGUCUGUUUAUUCCUCAAAUGGAGAAUCGAGUCUUUGCAGCGCCCCCCCUGUCCUUAAAAGUGCCAAAUCAUCUAUGAGAUCUCCUUGGGGUUCAAUGUUAACUGGGAGUCAUGAUGGGUUGGUCGCGCAAGACACUUCCUCUGGGAUGGUGUGUGGUACUCAAACGGAUAGUCUGCAAUCUGAACGAAAUGGCUGGACUGAUGAUAUUUCCGGUGGUCACAUUUUUGACACUUGCCCUUCUUCACCCAGUUUGGCUAAUUUUGAGGACUCGAAUUCACAUGCUUCAUUCGCGUUGGAGUUACUGGUCGACGAUUGCUCUACCAAAAGUGCUAAGGUGUUUGAUUGUUCCAAUAUCGAUGGGAGUUCAAAAGGCUCGAGCUGGUCGGUUGCAGAACUAGAGCACCAAGGUUCAUCAUAUGUUGAAGACAAAUUGCAAAGGAAUGUUAGUGGUGUUGGAAUCUUCACUCCCUUGGAUUAUUUUGGGAAGAACUCGGUGGUGUCAAUGCCUGCUCCAAGUGAAGCAUCUAAUGUGAUGAGCUUGACAAGCAGUUGCUCUUCGUUAUCGUUAGCAGACAAGGAUCUCGAUGCUGAACUGAAGAUGGAAAUCGAUGCUAUCGGGACACAUUAUCGACAACUGUUUGACGAGCUAUCUCGAAUGAGAGAGGAGGCACUAGAGGCCACCAGAAGGAGAUGGAUUGCAAAGAAGAAACUGAUUCAUUGAGUGCACAUAUAAUAUUACCUACAAUUUUUUUUCUGAUUUUGUGUUGGGUUUUUUUCUUUUCGUUUUGUGAGCUCCCUCUCUUGAUGAAGCAUCAGAGAAGGGACAUCAUGAUACUGUAAAAGUUUGAAUCUCUUUGCUGGGCGCUUCUCGUUUUCUUAGAAGUCGCUGUCCUAAAAGUAGAUUCUUUUUGUACUUCUGGAGUUGAACUCUAUGCAACACAUCCAUAAAAAAAAAAAUGAACUGGUUUUCACUCA